GUGCGCUUCUGUGUACCUGCUUUGGAAAUCUCUGACUUCUCCGUGCGCUGCAAUCUCACAUGAAAACCUAGAAAUGGCUCUGCCUCCCUACUAUUCUUUUGGUGAUUUUAACGUCUCCAUAACUCCUUUCAAUGUUACCUUCACCGAGGAUCCUCUGCGCGUUCCCUCAUACAGCAACGAAACCAACAAGGCUGCAGCCAGGGACACUACAAGUCUCAUCAUCGCCGUCUGUAUCACGGCUCUCUACUCGCUCAUCUGUGUUGUGGGACUGCUGGGAAACGUGCUUGUAAUGUACGGGGUGAUCAGGUACACCAAGAUGAAGACCGCCACCAACAUCUACAUCUUUAACCUGGCUCUCGCCGACGCUCUCGCCACCAGCACCCUCCCCUUCCAGAGCGCCAAGUACCUGAUGAGCACAUGGCCCUUCGGGGAGGUGUUGUGUAAAGUGGUCAUCGCCAUCGACUACUACAACAUGUUCACCAGCAUCUUCACGCUCACCAUGAUGAGCGUGGACCGCUACAUCGCCGUUUGUCAUCCCGUGAGGGCCCUGGACUUCCGCACGCCUGCCAAAGCCAAGCUCAUCAACGUCUGCAUUUGGAUCCUCUCCUCUGCCGUCGGAGUGCCUGUGAUGAUCAUAGCUGUUACAAAGGUGAUAGAUAAAGAAAACACUGUCUGCGAACUCAGAUUCUCCAAACCUGAGUGGUACUGGGGCACGGUGAUGAAUAUCUGCGUGUUCAUCUUUGCCUUCGUGGUCCCGGUCCUGGUCAUCACCAUCUGCUAUGGUCUGAUGAUCCUGCGGCUCAAGAGCGUCCGUCUGCUCUCCGGCUCCAAAGAGAAGGACAGGAACCUGCGACGGAUCACCCGCAUGGUUCUGGUGGUCGUGGCGGCCUUCAUCAUCUGCUGGACUCCCAUCCACAUCUUCAUCAUUGUCAAGACCAUGGUGGAUAUUGACCAAAAGAACCUCCUGGUGAUGGCCAGCUGGCAUCUGUGCAUCGCGCUGGGCUACACCAACAGCAGUCUGAACCCCGUGCUGUACGCUUUCCUUGAUGAGAACUUCAAAAGGUGCUUCAGGGAUUUCUGCCUGCCUUAUCGCUCCCGCCUGGAGCAGAACAGCUUCUCCAGAGCUCGUAAUAGCACCUAGGGAGCCUGUGUCUGUUUGUGCUCCUGCGACGACACAGAGACCGCCAGCCUGACUAGGCAUGGAUCAGUGCGGGGGAAGAACAGUUCAGGACGACCUCCAGACUGAGGUCACCACCACAGGAGUCUGAGUGCACAGAUGUGGGCUUUUGAGCUACUAUUUAUUUAAAUUGUGUUUUUCAUAUGGUGAAACUCGUGAGACACACUUCUUAAAAUCAUGAAAUCAUUCACGAUGAUCACAAACAAGCCUGUUUGUGCCUGUGCAUAAGAAAACGUAUUAAAAUGUUUCCAUCUAGGAUUAAAAGCAAAUGCAUAAUGAACAAACACACAUACAGUGCAGUUAGAAAGUAUUAGAGUGAUGUUUUUGUAAAUGUUUUCUUUCUGCACUCUAAGCUUUAAUGGUGUUUGUAGGUCUUCACAUCCAUAUUAGGAGAACAAUGUAGGACUCUGUGUACACACAGUUCCGCAAUGAUCAGAUUGUCAGGCAGGACAUAGAUCAUAAACACACAGACGCGGCCACCAAGAGGAGUUUCUUUAUUACCAAACAGUGGCCGGUGUAUGAUUGGCUGAGUCAGUCACGUGACCUCAAUCCAACAGAUCAUGUAGUUCACUUGAUGAAGACCAGAUUGACUCUGAAAAUCCCCUGUAGCAGCAAGAAGUGAGGAAGGCUGCAGUGCAGCGCUGGCAGAGGGUCUACAGGGAAUAUAUUGCUGUCUGCUGAUUCAUUUAUCUUCAGCUGAAUAUUAUCAUGACUUUAGUUAGAUGUAUGUUAGUUUGUAAAAUCACUUUUCAUCCAUCAAUUUAGGGAACCAUUUAUAAAGGACUACAAUUUGUUUAUGUGACAUCUUCAAAUCAAAGAUAUAAGAGAUAAAUACUUUUUUGGUCACUUGUGUGAAGAGGAAACAGCUGUAAACUUUGACACAUGACCAAUUUGACUAUUUACACUUCCAUUAGUUACAGAGUAACAUUAUCAUUCAUUUUAAGACUGUGUCGGUCUGCUGUAUGGUGUUGUGAUCAGUCAGUUUUUGUUUGUUGCUGAAAUAGACACUAGUAGAGCAUUGAGAGUAAACCAAAAUCCUAAAGUUUCGGGACUGAAAACCAAAAGGAGAAGCUGAAAGACUCUAUAACGCUCCGUAACGUGAAGGGAACAGCAGAGAUGGAGUAAUAAUUCUCACCAUGAGUCACUCCUUUUACGUGACACAUAGUCAUUUCAUCCUAUGUUUAAUUUCACGCUCAAAGGAGUACAGAGCCAAUCACUAUACUGUAUAUCUAGACUGCUAAUUGUAUUGUAACUCAACCUCAUAGUGGAGGUAAUCUGAAUUCAAUAAUGUGAAUGUUUAGCUGAGACUAUAUUUUAUUUGUCUUUCUAAUAUUUAAAUUAAAGGAUGCAUCCAAUUUCAUGCUCCUUCUUGUGAUGUAAGAGGAGAAAUAAUUACAGACGAAGGCCACGCGUAUAAUCAAGUAUCAUUUUAAAGGAGGUGAAAUUGUGUGUGACUACAGUACCAUGUUUCAGUGUCUUUCUUCCGCUUUUAACCAUCCUAACCUUUUAGAUGCUUUUAUUUAUAAUAUGAAAGCCUUAAUGAUUAAGCAGAGGUGACUGAUGCUUCCAGAGUAUAUUCACUGUUGAGCUGACUCAUUGUUUCCACUCCUCUGGCUGCUCUGGUAAACUGAAGAGCUCAAGGGGAACGUGGCACUGCUGUUUCAACUCAUAGUUGAGACUGAAUAUCCUCCACGGAGGCAAGUCUGAAACGGAUCAAACGCAUUAGCAAGGAAAGAGACGCUUCCUACACAUAUUACAGCUAAUGGACAAGUUUCCACUGAUCGUUGGACACUCGCAGGAGGAUAUUAGAAGACUUUUCUUUUGCACAUUUUGAGAGACCAGUCAAGAUGUCUCUCAUCUUGCCACUGCAGCAAUGCAGCUUUGUUUCUAUCAUCUAUAUAUCAAGUGGGAAAAUAAUAUUGUUCUGUAACAGCAUAUUAGUGAUAACGUGAUUUAUUUUUGAUUCAAUGUGCUGUGAAGCUGUUGUACCAUUAAGCUUCACUUGUAACCAAUUAGUAAAAUCAAACGUAAAUGUAUUUACACUAAGUGCUAUAAAUGUUAGGUGAAGCAUUCGAAAUCUACAAAAUAUUAUUGUCGCUGUCGCCUAUCGCCACGACUGUAGGAAGAGCAUUGUAAAUGUUUUCUGCAGCGUGGUCGACAAUAUGUUUGUGUCAGCUGAUGAAUAUGUACCGUAAUGCCUUAUUCAGCAUUACGUUCUUCUGUGAAAAGUUAAUUGUUUUGUUGGGAAAAGUGUUUGAUCUUUAAAUGUUUUGACAUUUUGUGUUGAAGCAGAUACAGUAUAUAAAGUACUUUAUUGUAUAGGUGUAAUAACCUUUUGAAAACGUUUAUACAACUGUUAUAUGGAAUAGCACAAGUUGUAUCUUGUAACUACUGUUGUAAAAAGCUUUGGGUUUUAUAUUAUGUUAUAUUAUGAUAUUUUGUUAUCUGUGGUUGUUAUUACAGAUGUUGUUAACAUGUAUAUUCUUUGUAACUGCCAGUGAGGCAGAGGCAGAGUUAGACAUGUGAUCUGUUGGUACAAUCAGGAACGCAUUACAGAUCGGGGCGAUGUUGACGGGGCACGGGGACAAAUAACUCACAUUUUAAUUGUGUGUGUUAAUAAUGAAAGCACAAUAAGAAAGAAAGUCAGGGAUGAUAUUGGGGUUUCUAGUCACCUUGGAGAGUUAGCACAUUUUAUUUAUCUACCAAUUAAACAAUAUGGCCAGUUUUAUUAUAUAUUUGUUAUUGUCAACACGUCCUUUGAAAUGACAAAAGAACAAUGCAUUACGUCUCUCAAUGCUUUCUGACUUCCAUACUUGUUUUUAAGCUUGAUAUUUUCUGGGCACUGUAGUUUUUGAGGAGACUCCAACAGGAGUAAGAAGAGCAUUUAAUGGGGAAUAUCUUCAGAUUUGGCGCUCUGGUGAGUAUCUACAGCAGCAGGACAGCGUAUGUCAAAAUAAUGAAGAAACCUGCCAGCAAUGAGUGUGGCUCAUUCACGUGCUUUAAAUGUUUUUGGACAGAAAUGGAGCUCUAUGGCACAGAGGAAUAACAUAUAUCAGGCUUUACCAAGAUCAAUUAAUAGUAUUAAUAAUCGUUUUUCUUUGUCUUUUCACAUGAUCUGUUGACAAUAAGACAAAUACAAAGAAUAUCACCAGCUGUAUCCUUUUAACUGUUGCUAAAGUGACGCAGGCCCAAAGCCCUGAUUGCCACACGUUCACACCACCACUUUCAUCACCGUUUUUGUAUAAUCAUCUUGGAGAAAAAAGGAAUAAAAAACACCACUGUAUUAUUUAUUUUUUUAUAUAUAUAUAAUUCAGAUUCUCAUUGUGAAUAAUCUGCUCUCGACUGCAGUGAAAGUCAUGAUUGAGCGAUACCUACUGAAACAUUAUUACUGAGGCGGUUAACACUUAGACACAUGCCAGUGAGGCCCACAGAGGAUGUUUUGAAAAUGAUCAAUUCUUGUGCUGUUUUUGCAUUAUGCUCCAUGUUCAACUGGUCUUUCAUUUAAUUUCGUAUACACAUUAAAGGGCUG